ACGUCGCUUUCAGUUGUUUUUCACUUCAACGAUAUGAUACGAUACGAAGCGUGUGUGUACAAAUUUUUCAGACAAACAAGCUGAUAAACGCAGAAUGAUUGUAACAUCCGCAUUGCAGUAAAGUCGUUCGUUGUAUAUCAUUUUCACUUUGGUCGCGUCCGUUUCUACAACCGAUAUAUUCUCGCGCGGAACGCAUUAAGUCAUUUUACAUGUGUGUCGACAGCAUCAUCUAUAUAAUCUAUUCCAAGCAUAAGUUAUCUUGGUGUAUAUUGUGAAAUAUUUAAGAUAAAAAAGAAAAUAAUUAUCACUGCGCAUUGAAAGUUCUACGAAAUUGAGAGGAUCUUCUUGUUAAGACGGCAGUUUUGGAAGUACGGUUUGGAAGUUUUACGGAAUUUCUCUAGACAAUGAAAACACAUAUCAAUACAUAUAGGACUUCGCUAUUUUUAAAUGACAUGAAGCUGUGAAAAAACUGGAAGAUAUUGAUAUAAUUAUGAUAAGAACGAUGGCGAUAGAGACAAAGGCUACGAAUAUUUUUAUUCAAUAUAGAUGUUAAUUGGUACAGUAGUUUCUGAGAAAAACAUGAGACUAGUUUGAAAAAUAGGUUUUGAGAGGAACGCGUUUAAAGUUUUAAUAAGAGAUACUAAGUAGAAAAAUAAUUGAUUACCUUAAUCUGCUAUAUCAGAUUAAUAAAAUGAAUCUUCCUCUUUUUUCAAAUUAAUCAUUUCAAGCCGCCUUUUUUUCUUAUGCAAUCCUAACCUUUUUUUAAAGUAUCGUUUCUCUCAUUUCCAAUGAUUAUUCUCAUUACUUUCAUCAUCUUCAAUAUUGAUAUGUAUCCUUCAUUGAUUAUGCAAACUUGAUUUUCUUAUGUAUUUUUAAGUUAAACUGUUUGAACUUUGGUUACUUUAUUAAUCAGUUUUUAUGCUCCUUUAUCACCGAUACUUUUUUGCUUUUCCUUGACAUAAUACAAUUAUACAAACUAGGUCUUUUCUCAGAUAAUGAGGCGUCUUAUAACCAUGCUACAAAGUAUAUUAUUCUGAAAAUGUUUUGAAUUUUAGAAAAUCUUUUUAUACAUUCAGUUUGAAUACAUAAAGAGUUAGAAAAACGCAGAAAUAAAAAUAAAAUUCAAGUUUUUUGGUUCUUCUAGACUAGAAGAUCUUUUUAAGUAAAUCAAACAAGUUAGCGAAAAACGAAAAUUUGUAAUAAAAGUAGCAAGCUUAUAUCACUAAAUAUAAAUAUUUAUUACAAUGUAAAUAGAAUGUAAAUUUCAACAUAAAAAUUUUUAAGUAAUGUACUAUGUGAAUAUGUUCGUACUCUGUAAGUGUGUUCGUUUAGAAAAUGCUGAGACCAUUGAUAAUUAUAAACGUAAGAUAAGAAGAAGAUAAUACUUAGGUAAAACUUUUUAAAGCUAAAGCGUCGAAGGACUUAACGUGCACAGUCUUUAUUUUGCUUCUUAACUCAGCGAACUGUUUCGUGUAAGUGUAAUUCGUGUAAUUUUUCGUCGACACAACGAUGUUUUUCCUACUUAAAUCGAUCUCGCGAUACGUCGCACCCGGCAAUUUGAAUCGCCGUUGCUACGCACGAUGCUUCUCUAUAUUGCACGGUGACUUGAGAGACGAACAUCAGCCUCGGAGAUCAAACAUACAAAUUAGGACAAACGCUUCUCACCCGAUCAAACUCGCUCACAUGUUGAAUCCCGGUGAAUCUCCCUUGUUGGAUGACACCAUCGGACAAUUGUUAGGCAAAGCGGUAGCUAAGUGGCCGGAACGAGUUUGUGUCGUAUCGCAGGAUAUUCGGGUAACAUUCUCCGAGCUUCUUCGACGGGUCGAUAUGUUCGCCGCAGGCCUUAAGAAGUUAGGUUUGAAGAAAGAUGAUCGGCUGGGCAUUUGGGGUCCGAACGAUCUCGAAUGGUACAUAGCUUCUUUGAGCGCAAUGAGACUGGGCCUGAUCGUUGUCGCGAUCAAUCCUCUGUAUCAACAGAACGAACUAAUAUAUUGUCUGCAGAAAGUCAAAGUGAAGGCUAUUGUCUCCCCGGACUCGUUUAAAACGAAUAAUUAUCCGAAGAUGUUGCUCGCCGUCAAAGAAAUGUGUCCCUUUAUGGAACAUAUUAUCGUUUAUUCCAAGGAUCACAUAACUGGUAUCCGUCGUUUCGUCGAUGUCGAAGCACUCCCAACGAGAAAGGAAGUGGACGCUAUCGCUGCUGAACAAACUAAAAUAUCUUGUUACGACGCAUGUAGUAUACAGUUCUCAUCCGGCUCUACCGGCCAGCCCAAAGCGACGCUCAUUUCACACCAUUCUGCCGUGAAUAACAGUAGAGAAGCUGUGCGAAGGACACUAGAAUAUGUCGAUGGCCAAAUAUGUUGCAACGUGCCAUUUUUCCACGUAUUCGCGCUGCUAAUGUCUCAAUUAGGCUGUCUUCAUACGGGAAAGACCCUUGUUCUGGAAGCGCGUUCCUUCAACCCGAUAAAAUCUUUAGAGACAGUUGUGAAAGAGAAUUGCACUUGGAUGUUUGGAACACCUACUAUGUGGGUGAACAUGAUCGAUGUGCAGCAACGGUUGCAGUUACCGAUUAAGAGUCUUAGAGUAGGAUGUAUCGGUGGUGCGCCAGCUUCACCAGAACUUUUCAAGAGAAUACGAAAGAUACUUGGCGUGGAAGAUGUAUUGCCUUUAUAUGGUCUUACGGAAUCGACAGGCAUAAUAUUUCAAGCCAUAUAUGGACAGGACACGAAUCUCUCAGACACGACCGUAGGUUAUUUGGCGAAUCAUGUUGAAGCAAUGGUGGUAGGUAAAAACAAUGUACCCGUUCCCUUUGGUGAACCUGGUGAACUCUGGGUACGCGGAUAUUGCAAUAUGAUAGGUUACUGGGAAGACGAGGAAAAUACGAAAAAAAUAUUAACGCAAGACGGUUGGUUGAAAAGCGGCGAUCAAUUUAUCCUAGAGGAGAACGGAUACGGUCGUAUAGUCGGAAGACUGAAGGAUAUCGUUAUUCGAGGAGGAGAAAAUAUCUUUCCCAAGGAAAUCGAAGACUUCUUGUUGACUCAUCCCAAAGUAAUGGAGGCGCAAGUUGUAGGAGCGUAUGACGAAAUUUACGGAGAAGAGGUGUGCGCGUGUAUUAAAUUAUAUGACGGCGAGAAAGUAACAAAGGAAGAGCUGAAAGAAUAUUGCAGGGGCAAAAUUGCGCAUUUUAAAAUACCACGUUAUGUAGAAUUUAUAGAUGAAUACCCAAAGACAACCAGUGGAAAAAUUCAGAAGUUUCAAUUAAAAGAACAAUUAGAGAGCAAGGGUGUGAUCCCGAUGAGACCAAAACUCUCUUAA